AUGUCCAAGACCAAGGUUUUGCUGGUUGGAGCAGCGGGUGAAACCGGAGGGUCUAUCGCCAACGGUUUGUUGGAAGCCGGUGACUUUGAGGUCAUCGCACUUGUCCGCCCUAUUUCGGCUCAAAAGCCAGCCAUCGCGCGCCUCCAGGAUCGGGGAUGCCAGAUUCGGAAAUGCGACUUGAAGGCCCCAGAGGAGCAGCUCAUCGAAGCGUUGGCCGGGAUCGAUGUGGUGAUUAGCUGUGUUGGACCCGCCGAACAACAGGACCAAAUCCCCCUCGCCAAAGCAGCCAAGAAGACAGGAGUCAAGCGAUUUGUUCCAUGUGGUUUCAUCACCGUUUGCCCACCGGGCGGUGUCAUGUGGUUGCGUGACGAGAAAGAAAUUGUCUAUAACCAGAUCCGCCAAUUGUGGGUUCCCUACACUAUCGUCGAUGUCGGCUGGUGGUACCAGCUGGCCUACCCCCGCCUCCCCUCCGGGCGCGUCGACUACGCCAUGACAUCUGGCAACGAUGAGAUUAUUGGUGAUGGAAAUAUGCCCACAGCUUUGACCGACUUGCGAGACAUCGGUCGCUACAUGGCUAUGAUCAUCUCCGACCCCCGCACCCUGAACAAGAAGAUUCUCGCCUACAACUUGGUCUCUUCGCAAAAUAAGAUUUACGAGCUGAUGGAAGAACUCAGCGAGGAGAAGAUUGACCGAAACUACGUGCCCGAGGAAACCAUCUGCAGCCGAGUCGUGGCGGCCCGACAAGCCAGCGAGACUUAUCCCUUCGAUCCAAUCAAGUUUAUUCCCCGGUACCUGGCCGAAUAUCAACUGUCCUGGGGAAUUCGCGGCGACAACAACCCCGAAUAUGCCAAGUAUCUGGGUUACCACACUACACAGGACUUGUACCCCGAUUUCCAGCCCACAGAUUUCCGCGAGUAUCUCGAGCAAGUUAUUCGGGGCUCAGCCAAGGGUGUCUAUACCGACCGUGUGAUUUCACGGAAGCACCAACGUCACUUCCCACGCACCGAGUCCAGCGAUUCCCUCUACACCCGCAUAUUCCCCCGCACAGAGUCGAGCGACUCCCUCAUGUCGCGAUGA